UUUCGUUUAUUCAGUAUACAUAUUUUUUUUCCAACAGCUUCCAGAAAUAAGAUAAUAAACAUUAAUUUCUAAUACUACCAUUAACAGCAAAAAAAAGCCAAUGGCUCCUACUUUGAAAGUUACCCUAUGCCAAAUGUUGGUUACUCCUGACAAACAAGCCUGUAUCGAUAAAGCUGUUUCUAUGAUAAAAGAUGCAGUUAGUCGUGGCUCUGAACUUGUUAUUUUACCAGAGUGCUUCAACAGCCCUUAUAAUACCAAGUUUUUUGACGAAUACUCGGAGCAAUUGAGUCCUGGUAAUAAAACCUUUGAUGCCAUUUCAGCCACUGCACGUGAUUGUAAAGUUUGGGUUAUUGCGGGAAGUAUACCGGAAAAGAAGGAGGGUAAAAUUUAUAAUUCAAGCAUGACAUUUGGUCCAGACGGCACUCUUCGUGGUGUGCACCGCAAGGUGCACCUAUUCAAAAUAAAUACAGACAAGGUCAAAGUCGAUGAAAGUGAAGUAAUGUCUGCCGGCAACACCGCAGAUGCGAUUCAAAUGGAUGAGAUGAACAUUAAGGUAGGUGUUACCAUCUGCUUUGAUAUGCGUUUUCCUCAAAUCGCACACAAACUGGCUAGUCAAGGUACGUCCCUUAUCGUCUGCCCAGCAGCAUUCAAUAUGGUUACCGGGCCUUUGCAUUGGGAGCUGACCGCACGGGCUCGAGCAAUGGAUAACCAACAGUAUGUGAUCAUGUGCUCACAGGCUCGCAACGAGUCAGCAGGCUAUGUGGCCUAUGGACACUCUAUGAUUGCAGAUCCUCUGGGUAGAGUGGUUGCACAGCUGGAUGAGAAGGAGGGUGCAUUGGAUGCAGUGCUUGACCUCGGUCUAAUUCAAGAAGCCCGUGAAAACAUUCCGAUAUUGAAGGGCAUUCGACAUGAUUUGUAUUCGCUCCAAUGGGGUAAUUAACUUUUAAUACUAUUUCUAUAUUAUUGUCGUAUUUGCUAUUAUUAAUUAAAUAAUGCAAAAACGAUAAUAAACGCAUGCAAUUAUUGUUUUUUUUGAGCCCUAUAUUAAAACUGAGCAAUAGGUAAAAAGGGAUGUAGAUUUUUUUCAGGAAAUUUUCUAUCUAUCUCGAUUAUUAAAUUUAUCAGAAAAAAUGAUUUUACACAAAGAACGGUGAACUUUUUUAAA